AUGUCCGUAGCCACCUACACCAACAGCAGUGCUGCAAGGCUCCGUGAUACAAGCUGUUGGGAGAGCUGCAGGGAGAACAGCCAGGCCCAUCCUCUCUACGAGGAAGCCUUGUUUGUUUCGGGCUGUACCGUCGAGCCAAUGGCUCUCGAAAGCCUGAAUAGAACAUCAAAGCAAUGGGAAGAGACCUCCUUCAAUGAUAUCUUCAAGACAUCCCCUCUCCUGCUUUCGGCUGUUGCGCAGAUGGCAUCGUCGGCAGACGACCCUCGAAUCUCUCGACUUUCGAAGCUCUUCAACGAAGUGGUUUGCGGCCGGAAAACCUUAGACUCAUCACGAAGUGGAAAACUCUUCAUCGAAGCCAUCUGCGCCCGAGAAGACCCCGCUGCCUGUAUACACAAGCUUCUUUCCAAUCAGCCGGGUCUCGUUGCUCUCCAAGCAUGCGUUCGCUUCGAUACAUCCCCUUCAUUCAUCAAUGAAAACGCGAUCGUGUUGCUUCAAUACUUGCAACUUCCAUCUCUAGAAACAAUUGACUCUGGGCAAGCCCUGGGAAAGAUACUUCUCAGUAUAGUCGAUCCACCAUACUUCUGGGAUGCUUUUACCAAAGCAUUCCGUGACAAGCUUUUGGCCCCAAAAGCUUAUCAUGCAUAUGCAUGGCUACUUCUACGACUAAUAUACUUGCCGGGAAAGGGGUCAUCUCCUUACCUAGCGCUGGCAAAAUCCCCCGACAUAUUGACACCAAUACUAAACUCGCCCGAAGGCGGAACGCGGAUUCUUGGACAAAAAAUUAAGCAUGCUUUAUCUCUUGAUUCAUCAGACUUGCACAUUGAUGCCGAGGUCAAGCCAGGAGGUAGACAUGACAACGAUCAUGAGGAUUACAGAGAAAUUUCGAUCAUGCCGACCGCUGAUGAGCUUCUAUCGCAGGAGCGACCUUUCCUUCGCACAGCUGAUGUCAUCCAAGCUCCUUCACUGAAAUCCUCCCGUCAUUCUAUACACUUGGAUAAUCAGUUCCGGCUUCUACGAGAGGAUAUGAUGGGGGAAAUUCGAGAAGAAAUCCAGAUCUUGGUAGGUGCCAAACCCGGUCGUCACAAAGGCCUUAUUGUCAAUGAUCUUCGAUUGGACGGAGUUGAGAUGGGGACUGUUAGAAAGCGUCAGCCUUUGGGUAUCAGACUGCAGUGUGUGAAAGAACUACCGCCUUUGAGCAAAAUAGACCCAGAGAAACGGAGGGCAUACCUUGGGGACAACCGCCAUAUUUUACGCCACGGGAGUAUGGCAUGUCUGGUUGUAAAUAAUCAACCAGUGGCGUUUCCCACCAUCGUCAGGAAUGAGGAUUAUCUUGCGAAGACACCAGCGACCAUUGUUGUACAUUUUCAAGAUGAUUCAUCGUUGCGAUAUGCUCUUUUAAGGAUGAAAACGGCUAUGAAUAUCCAAUUGGUUCAGCUCGACUCGGCGGUCUUCGCUUUUGAGCCAUUUCUCAAACGCCUUCAAGAUAUGAAGGAACUCCCAUUGCCGGAAGAACUUCUUCACUGGGAAGAAGGGCAGGUUCUGGAAGCUCCGUCCUUCUGUCCUGAACGAACAAUCAAGAUCCUGCAAUCGAAAGAAGGCAAAGACCUCCAGGCUGUUCUCGGAACGAAAACAAGUAUUAAACUAGACGAGUCACAGAGGAACUCGCUGUACGCUUGUCUAUCUCAACGCGUCAGCCUAGUGCUAGGUCCACCAGGGACUGGGAAGUCCUUCAUUGGGGCAUUGGUUGCCAAGGUGUUAUGUGAUUCCACAUCUCAAUCAAUCCUUGUGGUUUGCUUCACAAACCAUGCGCUUGACCAAUUUCUCGAAGAUCUAAUAGACAUCGGCAUCCCAACAUCUGAUAUGAUCCGGCUUGGUGGAAAGUCCACAGAUCGAACAAAGCCUCUCACCCUUUAUGAGCAACCUGGCUCCAAGCUCACCCCUUCUCAAUGGGAUAAGGUCAACAAACUAGAGUUAAGACUUCGACAGCACGAAGACCGUCUUCGAAAAGCAUUUGACCGAUAUUGGGCAGGGGGCACGAAACAACGUCUCAUGGAGUAUCUUGAAUUUGCAGUUGAAGAACCCUUGCCCUUUUUUGAGGCCUUCUCAGUCCCCACAGGAGGUGAGGACAGGAUGAUCAAGGUAGGUCGAAAGGGUAAAGCUGUAGAUCCUUUCUACCUUCUAGAUCGGUGGACCAGAGGCACUACAGAUGCUGGAGCCUUCAAACACAUCCAACCGGAAGGUUCGGCGCUGGUCUGGAGAAUGACCCCGCAGAUGAGACAGUCUGCCCAAUUGCGAUGGCAGAUGGCCAUUCUUGAAGAUCUCGUUACAGAAGUUCACCGCCUCGCUCAGGAUUUUAACACUGACCAGAUGAAGAUUGACAAUAUAUUCAGCCAAAGAGAUACAGACGCUAUUCAGGGAAAACGAAUCAUUGCUUGCACAACAAACGGUGCUGCAAAAUAUGCGCAAGCUAUUCAGUCGGCCUCUCCCGGCAUAGUUUUGGUUGAGGAAGCCGGCGAGAUCCUGGAGGCGCAUAUUUUGACCGCCAUGGGCCUGCAUACAGAGCAGUUGAUCUUAAUAGGAGACCACAAACAACUACGGCCAAAAUGUAGUUAUGAACUCAGCGUCGAUGGGGGAAAUGGUUAUGACUUGAAUCGCUCACUAUUCGAAAGAUUGAUUCGCGCUGGUUUUCCACAUCAAUCUCUUACAAAACAGCAUCGAAUGCGGCCAGAAAUAUCCGCUCUUAUUCGCCACUUGACUUACCCCGAGCUUACAGAUGCAGAUUCAACGCGUGGCCGCGACAAUCUUCGUGGAUUCCUGGACAAUGUGAUGUUCAUCAACCACUCAGAACCAGAGAUUGAGUUGGAACAAUCCCGCGAGCUGAGAAAUUUGGGUACUAAAUCUUCAAAGCAGAACUUGUUUGAGGCAAAGAUGAUCCUGAAAUGCGUUCGAUAUCUUGCUCAGCAAGGGUAUGGUUCCGAUAAGUUAGUAGUUUUAACGCCGUAUUUGGGACAGCUGAAAUUGCUCCGAGACCAGCUCUCAAAGGAGAAUGAUCCGAUACUGAAUGAUAUGGACAAAUUUGACCUAGCUCGUGCUGGGCUGUUGACGGAUCUCAGUUCUAAAUCGUCGAAGCCUUCGCUCAGGAUAUCUACCGUGGAUAACUAUCAGGGCGAAGAAAGUGACAUUGUCCUUGUCUCGCUCACGAGAAGUAACAAAUCAUAUGAUAUCGGGUUUAUGGCUGAACCUGAGAGAUUGAAUGUUCUGCUUUCUCGAGCCCGUAACGCCUUAAUUAUAACUGGAAAUGCCGAUACCUUCCUUCACGCGCGGAAGGGUAGAGUGUUGUGGCGCAAAUUUCUCGAUAACAUGAAGGAAUAUGGGCACAUCUACGAAGGGUUUCCCGUCAAAUGUGAGAAGCAUCCAGAUCGGACCGAAAUCCUGUCAUCACCAGAGGCAUUCGAGACACAUGUCCCCGAUGGUGGGUGCAAGGAGCCAUGUGGAGUAUUGCUGAAAUGUGGCACCCACAAAUGUCCCAGCAAGUGUCAUCAAAUAUAUGACCAUUCAAAAAUAAAAUGCAUGGCAAUCUUGAAGCAGAAAUGCCAGAAUGGCCACCCUCAGUCGUGGCGUUGCCACUCCGGUGCCCCCUCUCUUACAGCCUGCCCAAAAUGCGAAAGAGAGCGGAAAGAAGCUGAAAGAAAGGCUCAGAAGGCGCUUGAUGAUCAACAGAAAAGGGAUGCCCAAAUUCAAAAACAUCUUUUAGAGGUGGCCAAAAUCCAGGAAGAGAUCGAUAAAAUCUCACAGAGUAUGAGGGACGCUCGCCUGAGUAUUGAACAAGAAAACGCUCUUGCUCAAAAAAGGAAAGACCUUGCCGCUGCCAAAGAGAUGGCAGAUAAGACAAUCUUCACACCUUUGAAAUCCGCAGUCGGCACGAAAGCUGACAAUUUUCCUUGUCCGGCCGAUAAGUCUAUCCAGAAAUCACCACAGCUACAGCCAUCACAAACUCCAAAACCCUCAAACUGGGCCGCAAAAUUAGAGAGAAGUUUAAAAAGCUGCCUUGAUCACAACGUCUCACCUUCGCAGACCGAAUGGCAGCGCCAGAAAGACCAGGAAAAUGCGAGCAAUCCUGCUAUCGAUAUGAUUAUGGAAAUGAUUGGCCUGGAAGAUGUUAAGUCACAGGUCCUGCGAAUAAAGUCAAAGGUAGAGACUAGUAUCCGACAAGGAAUUGAUCUGACAAAAGAGCGUCUUGGACUUGUUUUGUUGGGCAACCCAGGCACAGGUAAAACGACCGUGGCAAGACAUUAUGCCAAGGUCCUUGCCUCUCUGCAAGUAUUAUCCGGUGAUGGCUUUAUUGAAACGACCGGCUCACGCCUUGCCCAUGGUGGUGUCAAUGAAGUUAAGGACCAUCUGAAAUCUCUGGAGAAAAGUGAUGGGGGGGUUUAUUUCAUUGACGAGGCAUACCAGCUCGCCGAGGGACAUAACUUCAACGGGAAAACGGUUCUGGAUUUUCUGCUUGCCGAAAUCGAAAACCUCACGGGGAAGGUUGUCUUUGUAUUUGCUGGAUAUCGCAAGCAGAUGGAAAAGUUUUUCGAGCACAACCCUGGGUUUUCAAGUCGGAUUCCUAACACACUUCAUUUUGAAGACUAUACAGAUUCGGAACUUUUGAAGAUGCUACAGUAUCAGAUCAAUAAACUCUACCAGUCAACAAUGGACAUUGAUGGAGGCGUUGAUGGGCUAUAUAUGCGUAUCGCUGUUCGGCGCUUAGGGCGAGGUAGAGGCCGAGAUGGCUUUGGAAAUGCUCGAGCGCUGGAAAAUCUGUUUGCUCAAAUCCGCGGCCGCCAAUCCGACCGUCUUGUGAAAGAACGCAGAGAAGGACUUGUCCCUGAUGACUACACCUUCACCAAGGAAGACCUCAUUGGACCGGAUCCAUCUAAAGCCAUCCUGUGUUGUGCAGCGUGGGAGAAGCUCCAGAAGCUUACCGGCUUGAAGUCCGUGAAGGAUUCUGUGAGUUUCUUGAUCCAUCUUAUCAAGACUAACUACGAAAGAGAGCUUCAAGAGAAAGAACCGAUUGAAGUCUCGCUCAAUCGUGUAUUCCUGGGCUCUCCGGGCACUGGAAAGACAACAGUAGCAAAACUGUAUGGGCAAAUUCUUGCAGAUAUUGGACUACUGAGUAAUGGUGAAGUUGUCACUAAAAACCCAGCGGACUUUAUUGGCAACGUUAUAGGACAAUCUGAAGCCAACACAAAAUCAAUCCUCGCUACCACCGUCGGAAAAGUCCUGAUCAUCGAUGAAGCAUACACGCUAUAUUCUGGUUCCGGCGGCAGCGACCUAUACAAGACCGCCGUCAUUGACACAAUUGUUGCCGAAAUACAGAGCGUACCAGGAGAAGAUCGAUGUGUUCUGCUUCUUGGUUACGAGGAUCAAAUGGUGGAGAUGUUUCAAAAUGUGAAUCCCGGUCUUACUCGACGCUUCCAACUUUCGGAUGCCUUCCAUUUCGAAGAUUUCAGCGAUUCGGAGCUACAGGAGAUACUCGAACUGAAGCUCAAGAAUCAGGGGUUAGGAGCCACGGUUCAGGCGGUAUCUGUCGCGAUUGAUGUCUUGAGUCGACUUCGCAACGGAUUGCAUUUCGGCAAUGGUGGAGACGUUGAGAACCUCAUCUCGAAGGCUAAAAGCAACUACCAAUCGAGACAAUCCCGUCUCCCUCCUGCGAAAAGAUCGAUAGAUUUUGUCUUCGAGCCACAAGACUUUGACCCCGAUUUCGAUCGCUCGCUGGGUGCAGAGACAAACCUUCAGGACCUGUUCCGUGAUACAAUCGGCUGUGAAGAUAUCGUGGCGAAACUGGAUGGCUACCUGAAAGUUGCGAAAGGAAUGCGAGCUCAGGGUCUUGAUCCAAGGGAACAGAUACCAAUGAACUUUAUAUUUAAGGGCCCACCUGGCACUGGAAAGACGACUACCGCGAGAAAGUUUGGCCAGGUCUAUUAUGACCUUGGAUUCUUAUCCCAUGUCGAAGUAGUAGAGUGUUCCGCAAGCGAUUUGAUUGGCCAAUAUGUUGGUCAGACAGGCCCAAAGACCAUAAAGCAACUCGAACGUGGUCUGGGUAAAGUCCUCUUCGUAGACGAAGCGUAUCGUCUCAGUGAAGGCUACUUUGCCCAAGAAGCAGUCAACGAACUUGUGGACAUGAUGACAAAACCCAAAUUUGCUGGGAAGAUGGUCAUUAUCCUUGCUGGCUACGAUAACGACAUGAAUAACCUGCUCAGGGUAAAUGAGGGUUUAAGUAGUCGUUUCGCCGACGAAAUCAUAUUCCCAUCCUUGAGCCCAAAGCAAUGUCUUCAGCUGUUGGAACAUAGCCUUAAGCAGAGUCAUAUCACUAUCCCUACCCUGCAGGAUCCUUCAACACACGGAGAGUUUCUAAAUCCAAUUACUGAGCUCUCGAAGCUUCCUUCCUGGGGAAAUGCACGGGACGUUCAGACACUGGCGAAGAGCAUGGUCAGAAUCGUUUUCCAGACCAGUACAGCCAAAGUCGGCCAACUUACUCUUUCAAAAGAGAAUGCAAUGACCUGUAUUCAAGCCAUGCUGACCGACCGACGGGCUAGGGGUACUACACCAGCAAAACCUCCCGCUGAUUUCACCAGCAUGGUCCAGAUGAAAGACGCACCUCCACAACCACCUCCUAGCUUCAGCACCUCAACCGCAAAUCACACCAUCUCAGAAGCUGCCAAAGAAGAAGAAGAAGAACCCCUGACGCCCGCGGGAACCACAGAUGCGAUAGAUCCAACUCGUGACGCCGGCGUCUCCGACGACAUCUGGGCACAGCUACAAAAGGACCAGCAAAUAGCCGAGCUACAAGCGCAAACCUGGGAAGCUCGAAUCCGCGCCGAGGAAGAAGCCUGUCGAAUCGCAGAGGCGAUGGAGAAGAAACUCGCAGAAGAAGCCGCGGCUCUGCGAGCACUCCAGGCGAAGACGGAAGCUGAAGCUUUAGAACUUCUACGACGAAGAGAAGAGGCUAGGAUCCGAGAGGUAGAAGCGAAUGCUGAGAAGGAGCGCAAGAGGAGGGCUUUGGAGGAGAGUAGGCGAAGAGAGCUGGAGCGGAAGAGGGUGGAGGAAAUGGCGCAGGUGAAAUUGAAAGAGAUGGGUGUUUGUCCUGUGGGAUAUCAAUGGAUUAAACAGGGGCAUGGGUAUCGAUGUGCUGGGGGAAGCCAUUUUGUUUCGGAUGCUGAGCUUCGGAUGUGAUGGAAACACGUAUAGAAAAGAUCAUAUGGGCUUAAUAUUAGAAUAAGUUUUGUAAAUCGUGGUCGUCUAUAUUUACUUGCCCCUUUCCAUCCAAAAGUCUUAGUGGACCGGAUCCUCAUUUCGUGAGAGAAGUGUUCUAUUUCUCAACUUGGAUUAUUAUAUUCUUUCAUCACGAUUGGAUCCCCCUGGAACUUCACCAGUUACCAGAGACAGACGGGAAAACACGAAGUUUGCAUUUCUUCUUGAUAACUACAUCUACUGGGCAAGAAGCAAUUACCCUCAAUUCAACGCCAUACCCCUAUCUCAACAUCAAAACCCCAC